GUGCGCACAAAUCAGUCGGCCAUGUUUCAUUUUGAUAUUGCUUAUUAACAGAUAGAAGUGUCGGAGAAAGUUUAAAAAACGUAAAUUUUCGGUUAGUUUUACAUAAAAAUGUGUAGUGAUCUGUGCAAACAAUAACCAGUGAUGUAAACAAAAAAGAGUUUGGCAGAAGACCUGCUUUAAAUUAAAUUACGAGAUUGACAUCAACUAAGUCAAAAUGCCGGGCCCACCGCCACCCCCUCCGGCGGCCCCCCCGCCGCCCAUGCCUAAAUUCAGCGCCCCCCCAAAGGGGGGCGGCGGAGGCGGCGAUCCAAGGGACGCCCUUUUAAAAUCCAUUCACAAGGGCGCUAAGCUCAGGAAGGUCCAAACCAACGACAGAAGUUCUCCAAUAACUGGUAAAACAAUAAACAAUAACAACUCAAGCUCAGAAAUGAAAAGUCCCGGAGUAAAAAACAAUUCAAAUUCAAUGUCUUCACCAAAACCCAACGGAAUGAUGGGACUGGGGGGCCUUUUUGCUGAUGGCAUACCCAAACUAAGGCCCACGGGAAAAUUGGGAUAUUCGCAAUCAGAAAAUAAUAGUGCACCAAAGCAACAAGCACCACCUGCGCAAAAACAGAAUACGUCGCCGCCAAUGCAAAAUAAAAACGUAGAAAAUAUACAGAACAAAAUCAAAAAAUCACUAGCCACCCAUGAUAAUAGGAAUAGAGGCCCACCGCCGCCUGCUCCCGUAAGAAAUUUUUCGGAAGAAGGCAACGCUCGACCCAACGUGUUAACGAAAAAUGGUUUCAACCAGCCAUCGAAUCAGAUGAAUUUUAUGGGUCUGACGGCAAACCACAGUUCUCUGCAUCAAAGCAAAAGUAACACGAACCUGAACAACUUGAGGGACGCUACAGACUGCCCGACCCCUCCCAGGAACGGCGCGAUUAAUCACCACCAACCGAGGCCUGUGAUCAACCAUGGUAAACCGAAUUUGGCACCUAAGCCUCCGGCAAACACCGGAACUCUACCUAACAACAAACCGAAAAAACUGUCGAUAAACGGGGGCAAACAUGUUCACCGCGCGCAGAGCAUGAAGACCCCCCGCUCCCCGUCCCCCCAAUCUCCCGAAGUGACCAACUCCUUCAAGGCUCUGAGCGUCAAGGACAUCUCGCACCAAAUCGGCUCGACCUUGAGCCUGAGCAGCACCGGCGGCGGCGGCGGCGGCGGCGGCGGUUACGCUCAGAAACCGCGGCGGCCGAACGCGCCGCCCCCCUCCGUACCGCCGAUGCACCAGCACGGUCACAGCCUCGGCGGCGGGCACUCGCCGGGGCACUUCGGGGGGCACGGCGGCAGCGGGGGCGGCUAUCCGGCGCCGCCCAAGAGCAUGGUGAAGCCGCCGAAUCACGCGCCGCCUCCGCCGCCCACGCAGCUGCCGCAAGUGCCGAACCACGCGCCGCCGGCGCCGCCGCCGCACAGGACGCAGGGCAGGGCGCCGCCAGCGGUGCCCACCCAGAGCGCCCCCCCGCCGCCCCCGCGGCUCUCCAGCAUGCAGCGCGCCGGCUUGGACGUGGAAGAAAAGUUCCGCUACAUGUUCACCGCCGCCGACCAGUUCCCCCGCCCGCCCACCUUCCGCAACGUGCUCAAAGUCUACUCCAACAAGCAAGCAAGUAAACAGCAAGCCCCACAACCUCCCACCCUUCAACAAAGACCUUGGAACCCGACUUCCGCUUGCUAGCAUCCGGUUUCAUAGUCUUUAGAGAAAUUUUUUUCGUUGUGUUUUUGCUCAAAAAAGUGCAAUUAAUUCAUUGGCAUAUGUUUUUGCGUAUUACUUUUAAACAUAAAAAAUACAUUUUUCGUUUUAUUUAUUUUUGCAAUUUUUAAAACAAAAAUGUUUAUUUUUAAUUUUUUGAUGAUUAAAAGUAAAAUAUUACAAUUCAAGUUAUUAAAAAAACUGGUAUAAUUUUUAACACUCUAUAGUAAAAAAAAUAGUUUUACAAUGACAUAUCAAUGAAUAUUGUUAAGUAUAGAAAGCAAGGAUUGUUUUUGCCAUUUUUUAAACAAAUUAUCUAGGGUAAUUUUUUGAGCUUUUAAUAAAAAAAAAUAGUAUUUUUCUACUAUGGUUUUCGUAGUUAACGCAAUAAUCAAAAUAAAUAGGUUGUUCAAAACUUACAAUUUUUUUUGACUAGUUGCACUAAAAAUAGCGUAAAACUACGCGUACAAAUAACAUAAGAAAACACGAAACACGAUCUGUUAAAAUAUUAUGUAAUAAUAAAUAAAGAUGCAUUCUUUUUUACGAAAUUUAAAAAUUAUUUUAUUAUGAUUACUUUCUAUAGAAAAUGAUCUCUAUAGAAAACAAUAAACCAAUCAGAACACGGCAUUCUUUUGAUUGGUUUAUUCUUUCUUUAGAAUUUUUAUUUCUAUAAAUUAAAAAAAAACAGAUUGUUCGUGUUCUUGUGAAUAAUAAAUUAUUAAAAGAUAACUUCAGUAAGAUACAUUUAGUCUUAUAGGCUGUGGUUUAAUAUUAAUACGAUAUCAUGUAUAACUUUGUUGAAGUAUUCAAAAAUAUUUUUUGAAUUUUGAAUAUAAACGCCCGGUAUAUAUUUUCGAUUUUGGUAUGUAAGAUAUAUUGGUAAAGGAAAGACUGUUUCACCUUUUACGAAAUAAUUUCUUUAUUGUUUUUUAACAACAGAGUGAGUCACCCUGUAUAUGAUAAAUUCUGUAAAUUUGUACUUAUUUUAAGCAAUAAUGGAAAAUACUACUGCAAUAUUCAAAAUUCUGUAAUUAUUAAUAUUAUGUGUUAAG